UUUGCUGUUUUUGCAAACUGUUUCUACACACUUUUAGGUUGGAAAACACACCACCUUAAAUUUCACACUGUCGGUUAUUCUACUGUCUUUCUAUCUCAUCAUUCUCACACACAUAACUAAAAUACAAACACUUGUUGAGAUCUCAAUCUCACUCUUGUUCUUUUUUCUUCUUCUUUUUGAUAAAGCUUUUGUUUUUCUUUGACCCAAUUGGAUUCUAAGCUAAACCCAGUUAAUCCUUAAGUCAGUGUAUUGUAUUGUGAGGAAGUUACAUAAUUCUGAUUUGAAUUAUUGGUGUUGAGACGUUCAGUUGGGUUUUGGAUUUUGUGGAUUUGGAUCUGAAUGUCUGGUCAAGCAAGAUCCUUUUAAUUGGAAUUUGGAUCUGAAAGUUGGAAUUUGGAUCUGUAUUGAUUUCAAGUUUCAACUAAUAAAUGUCGAGGGGAAGAUCUGAUGGGUCACAAAAGAAGCGCAUAGUUGCUUCCAUCUGUGUUGUGACGGUUUUUAUUGGUUUAUUGUAUGUGUAUGGUGGAUCCAUCUUUGGUUCUCAAACUAGUGGUUCAUCUGCUCUAGAAUAUGGCAAAUCAUUAAGGAAACUCGGUUCAUCAUAUUUGGGUGCGGAUGAUGACAAUGAUGACAAGCAAGAUGAUUCUUCAUCAGGUUUCGGGCAGGUUGAUGAGGACGACAAUAUUGUUCCAAAGAGUUUCCCUGUUUGUGAUGAUCGACAUUCGGAGUUGAUUCCUUGUUUAGAUAGACACCUUAUCUAUCAACUGCGGAUGAAAUUGGACUUGUCUGUGAUGGAACACUAUGAGAGACAUUGUCCUCCUGCAGAAAGGCGCUACAAUUGCUUGAUUCCACCUCCAGCAGGAUACAAGGUCCCUGUUAAGUGGCCAAAAAGCAGAGAUGAGGUGUGGAAAGCAAAUAUCCCGCAUACUCACCUUGCACAUGAGAAAUCUGACCAGAACUGGAUGGUUGAAAAAGGUGAAAAGAUAGCGUUUCCUGGAGGUGGGACUCAUUUUCAUUAUGGAGCUGAUAAGUACAUUGCAUCAAUGGCAAAUAUGCUUAACUUUUCAAACAAUAAUCUAAACAAUGAGGGAAGAUUGAGGACAGUGCUUGAUGUUGGCUGUGGUGUUGCAAGUUUUGGAGGAUACCUUCUUUCAUCUGAUAUCAUUACAAUGUCCUUGGCACCAAAUGAUGUGCAUCAAAAUCAAAUCCAAUUUGCCCUCGAAAGAGGAAUUCCUGCAUAUCUUGGUGUGUUGGGAACUAAGAGACUUCCAUACCCAAGCAGAUCUUUUGAACUUGCUCAUUGUUCUCGUUGUCGAAUUGAUUGGCUUCAGAGAGAUGGAAUACUACUUCUUGAACUAGACCGGGUUCUCAGGCCAGGAGGUUAUUUUGCAUACUCGUCUCCAGAAGCAUAUGCUCAGGAUGAAGAGAAUCUAAGGAUAUGGAAAGAAAUGAGUGAUCUUGUGGGGCGUAUGUGUUGGAGAAUAGCUUCAAAAAAGGAGCAAACUGUUAUCUGGCAAAAACCUUUGACAAAUGAUUGCUAUAAAAAAAGAGAACCUGGUACUCGCCCUCCUCUAUGCCAGUCUGACGCUGAUCCUGAUGCAGUUUUUGGAGUAAAUAUGGAAGUUUGCAUAACACCUUACAGUGAACAUGACAACAAAGCUAAAGGUAGUGGCUUAGCUCCAUGGCCUGCAAGAUUGACCAGUCCUCCUCCUAGAUUAGCUGAUUUUGGCUAUUCAAAUGAAAUGUUCGAAAAGGAUUCGGAACUAUGGCGAGAGAGAGUUGAUAAAUACUGGAGUCUCAUGAGUAAAAAAAUCAAAUCCGAUACGAUAAGGAAUAUUAUGGAUAUGAAAGCUAACAUGGGUUCAUUUGGAGCUGCUCUUAAAGACAAGGAUGUAUGGGUGAUGAAUGUUGUACCUCAAGAUGGACCAAACACACUUAAAGUUAUAUAUGACAGAGGCCUCAUAGGCGCCACUCAUGACUGGUGUGAAGCAUUCUCAACAUACCCUCGGACUUACGACUUGCUCCAUGCAUGGACUGUCUUGUCUGACGUAGCAAAGAAAGAUUGCAGUCCAGAGGAUCUAUUAAUUGAGAUGGACCGCGUGCUUAGACCUACCGGUUUUGUAAUCUUCCGUGAUAAACAGCCAAUGAUUGAUUUUGUGAAGAAGUACUUAACUGCUUUGCACUGGGAAGCAGUUGCAACCGCAGAUUCGGGUUCCGACUCUGUUCAGGAUAGUGAUGAAGUUGUUUUUAUCAUCCAGAAGAAAUUGUGGCUAACUAGUGGAAGCUUCAGGGAUACUGAAUGA